GCUCGUUCGCUCGCUCGCUCGCACGCACUCACUCACUCAGAGAGUCAUCCACACAGAGAGAGAGAGAGAGAGAGAUGGUGGGGCUGCCGUACGAUUGCCUGGCGAACCCGCUGGGGGCCGUCCGGUUCACCUUCGAGAAGGCGGUGGCUGCCGGCGCCGAUCCGGCGGCGCUCAACGGCAAGGACUGGGGCGCCGGCGAUCUCUUCCGCGACGUGCUCUUCGACCAGGGCGCUCUCUCGCAGGUUCCGGUCCUUAAUGCUAAAAAUAUCGGACAUGUUCAGCCCAACACGCUCGUGCGCUUUCGUGGUAUGAUACAAGACAUGUUGGGGAAUGAAUUCUAUGCUGGUGUUUACAAGGAUGGCUCAUCAUGGAGAACAAAUAAAUAUAGGGAUGUUUCUCAGUUCCCUAUGGGUUCUUCACCUGACAUGCAUAUCUGGGAACGCCACUUACUCUACUGCAUCCAGGUUCCAGGAUUGAAUCCCUGGGCUGACACUUCCUCAGGAACUGUUGUUGCAAGACCUGUGGAACAGACAUCCCCACACGGGGAAAAGCGCAGGAGAGCAGAUAAAGAAGAUAUUGAUCAAAUGGAUGUAGAGACCUCAGAAGAUGGCAUUCAAAGAUCUUCUGGUGUCAAAAAAUUGAGGGAGGAUGGACACCCUUCUCAGAACUUACAGUUGCUGGAAUCUGUGGCUGGGAGCACUGGUUUUGGCAGUUGUACCAUGCCCAGAGAUGAGGGAGAUUCACUUUCUUGUCUUAUUAAGGUAUAUGAUUCUUCAGACUCCGAAUUGAAGCUAAAUGACGUGUUCGAGUUCAUUGGAGUGCUAACUUUUGAUUCCGAAUACCAAGUGGAUAAUGAUGAGUUCUUGGAUGGCUUUUCUGAAGAUAUGUUGGCUUCUUUGCCCCUAAAUAAGGUACCACGUCUCCAUUGUCUCAUUCACAGAAAGCUCGCAGCUCAUGACUUUCUUCAGAGCACUCCUUUGGAGCUGAAGCCCCAUUUGGUCAAAGAGGUGAGGCAAACUCUCCUGUCACAUCUUACAGCCGUUCUUGGCAAUGAUGGUCUGGCAGCUCAUUUGGUAUUGUUGCAUCUUCUAUCCAGGGUACAUGCUCGGAUUGACAAUUUUGCAGUUGGAAAGCUCUCUUUCAAUCUCACUUGCUUUAACAAAGAAAGUGUAUCAAUCUUCGGCAAUCAACUUACCCUGGCAAUCAAGGAUCUCCUACCUUUCUCACAUAUUGUUCCCCUAACAGUGGAUUACCUUAAUGCUGCUUCACUUGCACCCAAAAAGGAUUAUGAAAGAAAUAGAUUGGUGUCUGGGUUGAUGCAGCUACCUGAGGGCACACAUUUGACAAUUGAUGAGACCCAGUUGGAAGCAGGAACUCUCAAUUCUGUGGGUGUUGAAAAUGCUAGGUUGUUAAAAUAUUUAAGCGAGUAUCAAAAGGUGGAGUAUGAUUUUAAGUACUACAAGAUGGAGAUGGCAGCUGAUUUUCAAUUACUUGUCCUUUCUGAGGGUAAAUCAACUAUUUUGCCAGCUGAUUUGGUUAUUCCUUUUCGGCCUUCCUCGGUAGCUUCCGGUGAAGCGGUGGCUGCAGAAACACUAGAAGCUUGGCGAUGGUACUUGGCUACUGUCAGAUCACUGUCACAUUCGAUUGACUCAGACAUGCAGAAGGUGGUGGAGAAUGAUCUGGUUGCAGCAAGGCAAGCCAAUCGAAACCUAAGCAGCCAGGACCUUAGCAGAUUGUUGACAAUGGGCCGUCUGAUGUCGUUGAGUUUCGGUGAAACCUCCCUGUCAUUGGAACAUUGGCAAAUGGUCAAGGAACUCGAGAGGCUGCGGUGGGAGAGGUUAGCAUGAAGUGUGCAAACCACCGCUUUUGCAAAAAUUGCUGACAAAGUAUAUAUCAAGUGCAAGUGCAGCUUUCCAAGCUGCAAACUUUCUGCUGAAUUGGCAUCACCUGUACAUAACUCUUUGCUGUCGAAAUCAUUGAGCCGGCUUUUUGCGGACUUAUUAUAACCGAGACAACUUGUUGGGUCUAUACAUCUUCUGAGUGCAAUUUGGGGCUGAAUGCAUCGAUGCUAUGCUUUA